AUGGCUGUAACUCAAAUAAUGUUUCUUCUUAGUGUUGUUUCACUAACCUUGGUGUAUAUGGCACCGGCUAGAGUUGCUCUAGUCUUGAGUUCAGAGAGUGAUAAGCUGGCUUUACUUGCUUUGAAACAGAAGCUCACCAAUGGAGUGCCUAAUGCUCUUCCAUCAUGGAACAACUCUUUGCAUUUCUGUGAAUGGCAGGGUGUUACAUGCAGUCACCGCCACAUGAGAGUCUCUGUCUUGUACUUGGAAAAUCAAAACUGGGGUGGAACUCUCGGACCACCGUUGGGAAAUCUAACCUUCCUCAGAAGCCUCAUUCUUUCCAACAUCAACUUGUAUGGUCAAAUUCCUGAACAAAUUGGUCGGCUAAAGAGGUUGCAGGUUCUUGACUUGAGCCACAACAAUGUUCAUGGUCAGAUUCCUACACAUCUUAAUAAUUGCUCUAAACUUGAGGUAGUUAACUUGUUGUACAAUAAACUCACUGGAAAGGUUCCCUCCUGGUUUGGACUUGGAUCCAUGACACGGCUUUAUAAGUUGCUUCUUGGUGCCAAUGAUCUAGUUGGUACUAUCCCACCUUCCUUGGGGAAUCUUUCAUCCCUCCAAAAUAUCACACUUGCAAGAAAUCAUUUGGUGGGAAGUAUACCUCAUGUUUUGGGUCGGUUAUCAAAUUUGAAAGAGUUUAAUCUUGGUUUAAAUAAAUUGUCAGGAGUAGUACCUGAUUCUCUUUAUAACCUUUCCAAUAUUCAAAUUUUUGUUCUCGGGGAAAACCAGUUAUUUGGUGUUCUUCCAUCAAACAUGCAACUUGCUUUUCCACAUCUUCGAGCAUUCUUGGUUGGAGUCAACAAGUUCAAUGGAACUUUCCCAUCUUCAAUAUCCAACAUCUCUGGAUUGCAAGCGUUUGAUAUUUCUUCAAAUGGUUUUACUGGGCUAAUUCCUCCCACUUUGGGAAGCUUAAAUAAACUUGAGAUUUUUAGCGUUGGUAAUAAUAGUUUUGGAAGUGGGAAAGCUGGAGAUUUGGAUUUCCUUUCAUCAUUAAUCAAUUGUACUCAUUUGCAAACACUUAAUUUGGAUUUCAACGAAUUUGGUGGUGCGUUGCCAGAUCUCAUUGGCAAUUUGUCUACCCACCUUACUUCAUUUAGUAUGGAGGUUAAUCAAAUAUCUGGAAUGAUACCUGAAGGAAUCGGAAAGCUAAUCGGUUUAACUAACUUCGUCAUGGUAGAUAAUUAUCUGGAGGGAAACAUUCCAGGUUCAAUUGGAAAGCUUAAAAAUCUAGUAAGAUUGGCCCUGCAAGAAAACAAAUUGUCUGGUAAUAUUCCUACUGUAAUUGGCAAUCUUACUAUGUUGUCUGAACUUUAUCUGCACACCAAUCAAUUCGAAGGAAGCAUUCCAUUAAGCCUCAAAUACUGCACUCGCAUGCAGUCAUUUGGAGUUUCCAGCAACAACUUGAUUGGUAAUAUUCCUAACCAAGCGUUUGGCAAUCUAGAAGGUUUGAUAAAUCUUGACUUAUCCGCCAACUCUUUCACUGGUUCCAUCCCUUUAGAGUUUGGAAACUUGAAGCACCUUUCCAUAUUACAUCUAUACGAAAACAAAUUAUCUGGUGAAAUACCCCCCGAACUUGGCGCUUGUUCUGCGUUAAUAGAGCUUGUGUUGGAGAGAAACUUCUUCAGUGGAAGCAUACCUUCGUUCUUGGGCUCUUUAGGAUCCCUUGAAUUCCUAGACCUUUCUGACAACCACUUCUCAGGCACAAUCCCUGGAGAAUUACAAAAGUUGAGUUAUUUGAAUACUUUGAACUUGUCUUUUAACCAUCUGUAUGGUGAGGUUCCUACAGGAGGUGUCUUUAAUAAUUUCGCAGCUCUUUCACUCAUUGGAAAUAAAGAUCUCUGCGGGGGGAUACCUCAAUUGAACCUCCCCGCAUGCUCUAAGUUACCAUCGAAGAAACACAAGUGGUCUUUUAGGAAGAAACUCGUUCUCAUCAUUGCAGUUGUUGUUGGAGUGGGUUUGGUUACUUUGACACUGUUUAUCAGCAUCUAUUUGUUCAGGAAAAGGCCCAAAACAUCAUUGGCUUCAUGGUCUCCGAAAAAUAGGUACCUGAGGGUUUCUUAUGGAGAGCUGCAUAAUGCAACCAAUGGAUUUUCUUCAUCCAAUUUGAUAGGGUCUGGAAGCUUUGGUUCUGUAUAUAGAGGAUCUCUUCUCUCUUUUAAAAGACCUAUUGCCGUGAAGGUAUUGAAUCUAGAAACAGGUGGGGCAUCAAAGAGUUUCACAGCUGAGUGCAAGGCUCUGGGAAAGAUCAUGCAUAGGAAUCUUCUCAACAUCUUGACUUGUUGCUCAAGCAUUGAUUAUAAUGGGAAAGAUUUCAAGGCUAUAAUUUUUGAGUUCAUGCCUAAUGGCAGUCUAGAAAGUUUGCUGCACAACAACCAAGAGCUGGAGUCUAGAAAUUUCAGUCUCAACCUUCAACAUAGGAUAAAUAUUGCUCUUGAUGUUGCUAAUGCGUUGGAUUAUCUUCAUCAUGGUUCUGAGCAAGCUGUAGUUCACUGUGAUAUUAAGCCAAGCAACGUUCUUCUUGAUGAUGACAAUGUUGCCCACUUGGGAGAUUUUGGGUUAGCAAAGCUUCUUCAUGUAGUCACGGGUCAUUCCAGCAGAGAUCAGGUUAGUUCCUCUGCAAUUAGAGGAACCAUUGGGUAUGUUCCACCAGAGUAUGGAGCAGGUUGCCGAGUAUCAACAAAAGGAGAUAUCUACAGCUACGGAAUUCUUGUGCUGGAGAUGCUCACGCGAAUGAAACCAACAGAUGACAUGUUUGGAGAGGGUCUAAGCCUACACAAAUUUUGCCAAAUGGCAAUUCCAGAAGGAAUUGGUGAGAUAGUAGAUUCACGUUUGCUUCUGCCAACUACUGAAGAUGGAAGAAGGAUGAGGGAAAGCAAAAUUAGGGAGUGUUUGGUGGCCUUUGCUAGGAUUGGAGUAGCAUGUUCUGCAGAAUUGCCAGUUGAGCGAAUGGACAUAAAAGAUGUGGUGGUGGAGUUGCAUAAAAUCAAACACAAACUCUAUCACUAA